AUGGAAGCAACUUUGUUGUAUAGUAUUUCACUCUCUAUUUUGUUUCUACUUUUACUUGUUAAACUUGUUUCAUCAAAACGAAGAAAACUCAAUCUACCGCCAAGCCCACUAUUUAAACUUCCAAUACUAGGCCAUCUCUAUCUCCUUAAACCACCUCUACAUCGCACUCUUGCUAAUCUCUCAACUAAAUAUGGCCCUGUUUUCUCUCUUCAAUUAGGUACCCGUUUUGUUGUGGUAGUUUCCUCACCAUCUGCUGCCGAAGAAUGUUUCACCAAAAAUGAUAUCGUUUUUGCUAAUCGCCCUCGGACAAUGAUUGCAAAACUCAUAGGCUAUAACUCUACUACUGUAGCUGGUUCUCCUUAUGGUGAUCACUGGCGCUACCUUCGCCGCCUCUACGCACUUGAAAUAUUCUCCACUAAUCGUCUCAACAAUUUUCAGUCCAUUAGACAACAUGAAAUCAAACUUCUAGUUCAAAGAGUGUUUCACAAAUCUGGAGACAAUUUUGUGAUUCCUGUUGAGCUUAAGUCGAAGCUUUUUCAGAUGUCGUAUAAUAUUAUCAUGAGAAUGGUAGCUGGAAAGAGAUAUUACGGUGAAGAGAUAGAUAACGAGGAGGCAAAUCAUUUUCGGGUGCUUAUAGAAGAGGUUAUUUCAUUUGGGGGUGCAUCGAAUCCCGCAGAUUUCAUGCCUGCAAUAUUUCUGUUGUUUUUCAGGAGUACGGAGAACAAAUUAGCCAAGCUUGGUAAAAAGAUGGACGCUCUCUUGCAAGAUUUGGUUGAUGAACAUCGUCGUGAUAAAAGCAGGAAUACUAUGAUUGAUCAUUUGCUUUCUUUGCAAGAAUCAGAACCAGAGUAUUAUACUGAUCAGAUCAUCAAAGGGAUUGUUUUGGUCAUGCUGAAUGCGGGGACUGAAACAUCAUCUGCGACAAUAGAAUGGGCGAUGUCUCUUCUACUUAACCAUCCAGAGGUGUUGGAAAAGGCCAGAAAUGAAAUAGACAACCAUGUGGGUAAGGAUCGUUUAAUGGAUGAAGCGGAUUUACCCAAGCUGAAAUACCUUCAAAGUAUUAUCUCUGAGACACUACGAUUGUUCCCAGCAGCACCAUUGCUAGUGCCUCAUGAAUCAUCUGAUGAUUGCAAGGUCGCUGGCUUCCACAUUCCACGAGGCACGAUGCUAUUGGUGAAUGCUUGGUCCAUCCACAGGGACCCUUUACUUUGGGAGGAUCCAGAGAGCUUCAAGCCAGAAAGGUUUGAUGGUGUGGAAGUCGAAUCAUGGAAGCUAUUGCCUUUUGGAAUGGGAAGGAGAGCUUGCCCUGGCUCCGGACUUGCUCAACGUGUGGUUGGUUUAGCUUUAGGAACUAUGAUACAGUGUUUUGAGUGGAAGAGGGUAGGCAAAGAGGAGGUUGAUUUGACGGAAGGAAAAGGUCUUACUAUGCCAAAAGCUGAACUACUCACGGUUAGGUGCAAAGCUCGUGACAUGGUUCACAAAGUUCUUUCAGAAACAUCCUAAUGUUUCCAGGGUCUUUCUUGCAUGUUGUUAGUUAAGAAAGGUUUGAAUAAGUCAUGUAUCAUGUAUCUUCAUAGUCUCUUAUACUAUGCACUAUCUGAGUUUCUGUUUUGUCAUUCAGAUACUUUGGAAUAAUAUAUAUAUGGGGUGCUAUUUGCUCUUUAAUGGUG